CGUGUUUCACAGCCUGCUAACAUGGAGCAGUACAGUAUCCUGGGUCGGAUCGGAGAAGGAGCUCACGGCAUCGUGUUUAAGGCCAAACACAUCGGGACAGGAGAGACGGUCGCUCUGAAGAAAGUGGCUCUGAGGAGGCUGGAGGACGGCAUCCCAAACCAGGCUCUUAGGGAGAUCAAGGCCCUGCAGGAGAUCGAGGACAACCAGCAUGUGGUGAAGCUGAAGGACGUCUUCCCUCACGGUACAGGUUUUGUCCUGGUGUUUGACUUCAUGCUCUCUGACCUCUCUGAGGUCAUCAGGAACUCUGAGCGACCUUUAACCCCAGCUCAGGUCAAAGGUUACAUGAUGAUGCUGCUGAAGGGCGUGGCCUUCCUGCACCACAACAACAUCAUGCACCGGGACCUGAAGCCAGCUAACCUCCUGAUCAGCUCUUCAGGUCAUCUUAAAAUCGCUGACUUUGGUUUAGCUCGAUUGUUCAGUGAGCGGGGAGACAGACUGUACAGCCACCAGGUGGCCACAAGGUGGUACAGAGCUCCAGAGUUGUUGUAUGGGGCCAGAAAGUACGACGAGGGAGUCGACCUGUGGGCAGUGGGCUGUAUUUUUGGGGAGCUGCUGAACUCGUCUCCUCUGUUUCCUGGAGAAAAUGACAUCGAACAACUCUGUUGUGUCCUGAGAGUGCUGGGGACCCCGACACAGGAGAGCUGGCCUGAGAUUGUCACGCUACCAGAUUACAAUAAGAUCACCUUUAAGGAGAAUCCUGCGAUCCCAUUGGAGGAGAUCGUCCCCGACACGUCCCCUCAGGCUGUCGACCUGCUCUACAAGUUCCUGGUUUAUCCGUCCAAACAGCGCUGCUCAGCCAGACAGGCUCUCCUCCAUCCAUACUUCUUCUCCUCUCCUCUUCCUGCUCACCACUCUGAACUGCCCAUCCCUCAGAGGUGCAGACAACUCCCUCGCCAGCGCCUUCAGGCUCCGCCCACUGACUUUUCACUGGACCUACCCCUUCAGAGCAGCGUGGUAGACCCUGCGCUUCUGCAGGAACACGCCUCCUGUUUUUAAAGGAGCAACUGACUGAUUAAUCAUUUCAGUCCUUCAGUGACUCUGCUGAUAUUAUAAACAUGUGUUCAUUUAUUUAUUUGUGCUCUUUUCUACAAGCUGUUUGUGUUUAUUCUAACAGGCUGAAUAUAUCUGACUGAUAUUUAAAUCUUUAUUAAACGUUACUGCAGCUCCAACA